CCAAUCCUCGAAGAGACUUUCUUUGCUCCCUUUUCUCGCAGCCCUAGCAAAAAUUUCCCCUCCCUCCUCACGAAACCCUAGCCGCCACGCCAAACUAAAUCUCGCCACUCCAGAAAUUUUCCGGCGCGUUCUCACCGCGAAUCGGUCGUUUCCGAGCGAUUCGCAGUCGAUUACGCUGGCCUGGCCGCCUAAUCCUGUGAUCCGGCGGACUUGAGCGCGGUCUCUCGCGUCGGCCAUGUCGAGGUGCUUCCCCUACCCGCCGCCGGGGUACGUGCGAAACCCAGUGGCCGUGGCCGAGGCGGAGUCGACCGCUAAGCUCCACAAAGAAAGGGGAAAGGCUGAAAAGAAGAAAGACAUAAGGAGUGACAAGAAAGCUUUCCAGGGUGAGACUUCUAAACAUUCAAAGCACAGCCAUAAGAAGAGAAAGCAUGAAGAUAUCAGCACAGCUUGUCAGGAGCCCAUAAAGGUCUCCAAAGAGUCAGUUGAACAGUUGGAGAAGAGUGGACUCUCAGAAGAGCAUGGAGCUCCAUGUUUUAUCCAGAUGGCACGCCGCUCUCCUGAGAGCUCACAGGACAGCAGUAAGAGACGAAAGGUUGUACUGCCCAGUCCUAGUCAAGCUAAGAACGGGAACAUCCUUCGCAUUAAGAUUAAAAGUAAUCCUGAUUCCCCAGCAGCUCUUUUGGAGAAACCAAGGAUUCUUGAGCAACCAUUGGUCCAACAAAUGGGAACAGGUUCAACCCUGCUGAGCAAGCAAAAUUCAAUCCAGCAUCACAGUAAAAUGAACGUGAAAUCAACAUCUGCUGCACAGCAAAGGAUCAAUGGAAGUCAAGCUGUACAAAAACAAGUGGGUAUACAACUCCCUGCAAAGUUCAUGCGGAGAGAUGAUCCCCAGUCUACGACAAAGGUUGCACAACAAAGAGAGCCCCAAUUAUCUGUGAAUGCUGACCUUCUACCUGCAAAAAUUUCGGGUACUGUAGUUCCUCCACCUGCGAGAUUGAUGGGAAGAGUUGAUAUUCUACCAUCAAAGACGACAGAAAGAGUUCAAGCUGCACCUUCCAUGGUUCUGCAGAGAGUUGAUCAGCAGUUGCCAUCCAACAUUCAAAGAAAAUGCCCCCUACCUUGUGCAAAGGUGAUGAAGGAGACCAUUACUUCUGUGAUUCGCCAGCUAAAAGUGCUGCAGCCUCCCCUUAUGCAAAAUCCAAAGGUGGAGUUGCCUGUCAUAAAGCAGCACCAGCAGCCUGUUGCCUCUCUUCCCAAAGAAGAGCCUUGCUCCUCCGGUAGGAAUGCAGAAGCAGUUCCUGUGCAGGAGGCUAAGCAAUCCAGGUCAGAUCGAAAGAAAUGCCGGAAGGUUGAGAAGAAGGAGAAGAAGUUUAGAGAUCUAUUUGUUACCUGGAAUCCACUUCCAUUUGAGUUGGAAGAUUCCGAUCAUGGUGAGCAAGACUGGCUGCUUGGCAGCAGUACAAGGAACUCUGAUGCCAGCAUGACCAACUGCAGAGCAAGUGAUGGUUCAGUACCGUUCCAAUCAAUGGAGCAGCAGCCUUCGUUGCAACCCAGAGCGACUCUUUUGCCGGACCUUCAUGUCUACCAGUUGCCAUAUGUUGUCCCGUUUUAAUCAUCUGGUAGUGAGGUAGAUAAGAAGUAGAAGAGAUGUUGGGAGAGAGCUGUGUGGGUGCGGGAGAUAAUGGUUCCCUGCCACAAUUUUCCAGCUCUGUUCCGGAGAGUGGUUCUUGUUUCAGGCCCAUGUGUCUGGCAAGCCUGUAAUGUUGGUACAUUCUUUGACUCAUUUAUGUAGCCGGUUGAACAGCAAAUGACUUGUUUCUCA